GUCGGCACUGCUGAAGCGUAUUCAAAGCGCACACCGUCGUCUGACCGUUUGAGCCGCACUGCCAGCCGCUGAGGCAGAAGUGAUACCGCUGUCAAGCCAGUAGAGGUUGUCAAGGUGCCGAAGUCGCCUUGGUAGGUCCGCAGGCUUGACCUUAGCCAUUCGCGCUUCGCCGGAUUAUCCGCUCGACCAAUCACCCUGAACCCUACGCAUGCUCAUUGGCUCGCACCAUCCGAACCCUUAGGCCUAGCGAGGCUUUGUGCGAAGAGUUGAUACGAUACUGAUUCAGCAGCAGUGCAGCUUGCCUUUGCACUUUUCACCUGUCCCUGCCCGACCCAGGCUUGGUACUGCCUACAGCUACCGCACCAUGGCCGUCCUCUUCUCGCUCUGGCUACUCUUGCUCCUCAGUCACUUCCCUCGCCUCUCGUAUGCCGACCACUACAACUGCACAUGGGACGAUGCCGAAGGCGAAUCGCCUCAGAACGCAGGGUAUGUCCGCUUCUGCUGGGCUCCUGUCUACUGGCACGACUACUCUCAUGCAGUGUACAACUGCGAUCAUCCCGUCUACGGCCACUUCGUGAAAGUCGCAGACUGGGGCUACCUCCGAGAGAAUACUUUAGAAUUUUCCACACCCUGCGGUGGAAAGGGCUUCGCGCCCGAUCACGACUGCAACAAGUAUGAGGACUGGGCGCUGUGCAAUGCUGCGGCGGACGCGACGAUCAACCCUGAUCGAUUUACGUGUCGGAUGAUGCAUAAGAAGGAUGAUUGCCAGUGGUUUGAGAGCAUUGGACCGGAGGAGGUUCCUCCAGCUGUGGACAUUUGGAUCAAGAAAGACUUGGGAGGGAAGACCCGGAGGAGGGAAAUCCAGCAGGUAGGGGCAAGCGGGCGGCGUGCGUCUCGCGUGGAAGUUGAAGCAUGCUCACAUGCGAUGAAGUGCUGACGCUGUCCGGACGACCUGCUACAGCACACUCAUUUGCCAGCUUUCGCAAGCUUCGAAUGCGAGAGGCGUAGACGAUGCUGCGAGCUAGGCGGUCCAAAAUCCUACUUGAAGGCCUGUUCGUGUCU